UUUGUCUCCACACAGAUGGAGCCGUCCCCGGAGCUGGCCAACGUGACCAGGGUCCAGCAGUUCAUCCUGCUGGGCUUGUCCACCAGGCUGGGCGACAGGGACGUCCUGUUUGCCGUCUUCCUGGCUCUCUACCUGCUGACCCUCCUGGAGAACACCCUCAUCGUCUCCCUCAUCUGCAGCCACAGCCAGCUCCGCAAGCCCAUGUCCUUCUUCCUGGGCAACCUCAGCUGCCUGGAGAUGUGCUACGUGUCCGUCACCAUGCCCACCCUGCUCCUGGGGCUGUGGGUGGGACCCUACCACCUUUCCUUUGUGGCCUGCAUGACCCAACUCUUCUUCUUCAUAGUCCUUAUGGGCACUGAGUGCAUCCCCCUGGCCUCCAUGGCCUAUGACCACUACGUGGCCAUCUGCCGCCCUCUGCACUACCCGCUGCUAAUGCGGCCCCAGGUCUGCUGGGGCUUAGCCCUGUCCUCGUGGGUAGGGGGGCUGGUGGUCUCUGCCGUCAAGACUAAAUGCAUCGCCAGCCUGUCCUACUGCGGCCCCAACGUGCUCAACCACUUCUUCUGCGACGUCUCCCCCCUGCUCAACCUCUCCUGCACCCACGUGGCCCUCACGGAGCUGGUGGACUUCAUCUCCGCCAUCGUCAUCUUCUGCGGGACCCUUCUGGUGGCGCUGGCCUCCUACGUGGCCAUCGGGAGGGCGGUGCUGCGCAUGCCCUCCGCGGCCGCCCGCCGCAAGGCCCUCUCCACCUGCGCCUCGCACCUGGUGGUGGUGGGCAUCUUCUACUCCGUCACCAUCUUCAUCUAUGCCCGCCCCAGCCGCAGCAAGUCCGUGGACCUCAACAAGGUGCUGUCGGUCAUCUACACGGUGGCCACGCCCCUGUGCAACCCGGUCAUCUACUGCCUGCGCAACAGGGAGGUCCACGCGGCGCUGCGCAGGACCCUCCGCGGCCGUGACCCCGCCGCCCCCCGGCCCGGGGCUCUCCCCCGCCUCCAGUCCUCCUGGGCCCAGCACCAGCGGUGA